GGCUUUCUUCUUUCAUUGACAGUUCUUUUUUCCUCUCCAAGCCAGUCAGAGGGGUUUUUUGUUCCCUUAAUGAUCUUCAUUUCUUUACAAUAUGAGGACACUCAUCUUCCUCACAGCUGUGACAGUCUGCUGGUUCAUGGUUAAAGCCAAACCUACAAUCAAAAUGAUCCCAAAAUAUGGCCGUGUGUACUGGGGGGACACUGUAAAGCUGAAAUGUAGUGUGAAGCCCACUGGUGAAUGGCUCUACAAUGAUAAACCCCACACGUCAAGCAGUCAAAUUCUGAUCCUGAAUGCUGUGUCAUCAAAAGACUCUGGAAACUAUCAGUGUAAAGCUACAGAGAAGAGUGACAUCUUCAGAAUCGAUGUUCUAGACUAUCUCCCCCCUGCAUUCCUUACGGUCGUAUCUGGGCAUGCAGUGGUCAACAAGAAUGAAUCUUCGUUACUUCAACUAUUCUCAGAUGAGGGCCUAACAAACUGGAUCUGCCGUAUUCUCCGAAAUGAUCAAGAGUAUAAUUUGAUGAUUCCAGAAGAUAUAAUGGCCGGGAAAACCAUGCAAUUUUAUGCUACAGUUGAAGGAGAGACUCCAGAGAUUGUCUGGUGCAAGAAAAAGGGAACGGAGAAUUUAAACACAAUACGCAGCAAUUCCAUCAGCCUCAGGAGCUCAGAUAUGGAGGUGUUGUUAGAGAUCCCCACUGAACCUGCCGUGCUGGGGGAACCUCUGACACUGAGGUGUGAGGUCAGAGGAGGUGCCAAAAUUGAGGCAGCGAAAUUCUUCAAGGACGACGUAAUGCUCGGACCUGCUACGGAUGGUUCUUACGAGAUCUCUGUCACUGAUGGAAGCGAUGGCUCCUACCGAUGCACAGCCUCCUACAGAUACAUUUUCAUAAAACCUCAUGGAGCCUUAAAGAAAAAUGUGCCCUCAGAUCCUCAAACAUUAAUUAUCAGAGCUCGUCCACGAACAGCCGUCAUUACUAAGGAUGCCUCAGCUCUACUGUGUACCUGUUCUGACUGUCCAACUAAUUCAAGCUUCUAUUGGUACCAUCGGGAACCCAAUGCUAUGGACCUUACAUGGCGUGAUGAGAAGACAAGCAGACUCAUCUAUGACCAGCCUGGAAAGUAUGCCUGCCGAGCUGUCUGGGGCGAUGGCGCCUCUCGCCCCAGUAAAUUCCAAAACAUUGAGGUCCUUCCCGGUGGCAGCCCAGUAAUCUAUCUUGUGGUGGUACUCAUUAUAGCAGGAUUGCUGCUUGUGGCAAUUGCAUUGGUGUGCCGUAUUAAGCGGCGCGGGCAAUCUGCCCUGCAGGGGGACGUGCCGAUGAGGAGCGUGAGGAGGAAGAAGGGUGCUGAGGACGACGAUGACACGAAGGAUGACGCUUACCAGCCCCUGAAAGGCUCAGACAAAGAUGAGUACCACACUGUGCAAGCCAGGCCGGACGACGGUGCUGAUGGAGGCUAUGAGGCUGUUGGGGGGGCCAGGACAGGGGAUGGAGGUGACGUAGGUUAUGAGGCACUUAAGGGCAAAGCGCAGGCUGAAGUCUACCACACACUGCAGGCUACUGGGAGCCAGGGUGCAGAUGGGGGGUAUGAGGCACUUAAGGGCAAAGCGCAGGCUGAAGUCUACCACACACUGCAGGCUACUGGGAGCCAGGGUGCAGAUGGGGGGUAUGAGGCACUUAAGGGCAAAGCGCAGGCUGAAGUCUACCACAGUCUGCAGACUACUGGGAGCCAGGGUGCAGAUGGGGGUUAUGAAGCUCUGAAGGGCACUAAGCAGAAUGACACCUACGAAACCUUAAAGCCAACGGCAGGGGAUGGGGGCGACGGUGGGGAACCGGAGGAGAAAGGGUUGUACCAAAAGCUGGGGAGCGAUGGGGGGGAUGGGGGCUAUGAGGAGCUGAAAAAAGAGGCAGACAGUAAGAAUGACGGAGGUGGAGGGAAAAGAAAGACCAUAAAAGAUAAAAAGGAAGAAGAGAGGGAUUGAUCAGAAGACAAGGAUUGGUCAGAAAAGAGGGAUUGGUCAGGCUGAAGUGAUAUGAAUGAUCAGGCACAAAAACAUACAUACUCUCAAACACAUACCUACACAGAUGACAUACUGUAGAACCAUUGCAUUGGCCAAUUUAGAAACAAAGCAUUAAAUAUCCUAAAAUUUCCAAAACACAAGAAAAGCUGAUAAAUGCCACACGUAUACAUAUAUGCCUAGUUAAGGCUAUACAUGAAAUACACUUAGGUUAUAAGUUAUCAAAAUAAAACUAUACUAUAUAUUAAUAAUAUAUCCAUAUCAUUACUAUGCCCGGUGCUGGGGGAAAGAGAGGCCAGUAGCACAUUAUGUAAAUACUGCACAGAACAGGAAAGAGUUUGGCAGUGUGACAGCUCUGUGGUCAGAUUGUGCGGGCGUGCAGGGCUCUGGAGUGCUCACCAGACGAGACGGCAGAGGGCUGAGGAUGCUGGCUGAGGUGGGUCGGGUCUUUACAGAUGUGCAUGGGUUUGCGGGUGCAGUGGGUUCCAUUGUUAGAAGCGGUGAGCGAGUGAUUCUUUGUGCUGUUUUAAUGAUGCACUGAGGACCUGUGGAGGAACUCUGACAAGAAUGCCAGAUCAAGUCAGGCUUUUCCUAUGUAGUCAACUAGUUGAUGCUUUCUCUGUCUAAAUAUUGCUCAAUGAUACUAAUGGUUGACAUGAAGCAGACAGAACAAAAUAUAUGCUUUUCACAUUUAUAGUUUCAGGGGUGGGAGGUGGAGGUUUAAAUGCACCACAGCAGAUAGAACAUAGGCAGAAAGCACAAGAUAUAUGCUUUAAGUUAAUAAGUUAAUACAUCUCAUUUUAUUAUCAAUAUUUUCAUCAUUACCAUUGUUUUGCAACUGUAUUCUUAAACCAACGAAACAACAGACAUGUGGACAUUCAUAUGAUCAGAAAAUUGAAUGUGAAUUGUGUGGUAGAGCAGGCUUCACUCAGUUUCUUAUUUAUUUUUGAGAGUGCUUGGCCAAACGUAUAAGUAACACGUUUCGGCUUGGCAGUGUGCUCAAGGAACUGAGGAAGGCGCUAAGCCGAAAUGCGCCUGUGCAAUAAACACGUUUGUAAAAGUGCAGCCUUCUUCUUCUUCACUGCAGAAUAGCAGUGAUGCUGUGUAUUACUACACAGGCAAACAUAUUAGGAGGAAAUAGGAAGUGACGUUUAGUUAUUAAAAGAUGGGCUGGAGGUGGGUAGGUUUAAACUUUUUGAAAUUAUAUUUUGAAAUGAAGCCUUCGAUUUAUAUAAACAGAGUGUUUAUUAAGAACUAUCUGUUCUGUUUUAUGUAAUAGUUUAUUCUUUUAUUUUUAUAUCUUAUACUAUAUCCAGUUUCAACAUUUUUUAUUCAAAUUAUGUGUUUAAAAUGUGUGUUUUACCUGUCAAAUGAUACCUGUGAUUUAUUAAGCACUUUUUAUCUGCUGUUAUUUUUUUUAAAAAUGACUUUGAAUUACCAAUGUGUAUACGAAUUGUUCGGUAUGAAUAAAUUUGCAUGGCAAACUGUUAAACUGGUACAGUGUAACAGAGUAACUAUUACAGAGUGAUAGCUUGCAGCUGUAAAUAUACAAAUGGCAAAUAAUAAAGAAUUUAUUUAGAGAAA